AUGAGCGAAUCGAGGAGGUAUUUCAAUAACAUACUGCCCGAUUACAAAAACGAAAGUGUCAUAGUGUCGAACGAAGAAUGGAGGAAUAAGGUGCUAAACGUUGUUCAGAUGAUUCGAGAAAAUCAGCCUUACGAAGACAAUUCAACUAGUUUAUACAUUGGAACAGGAGGAAUCGCCUACAUGUUUUAUUUUCUAAGUCAGCUGCCGUUAUAUUCAGAAGAAAAGAAUGAGUUCCUAGAUCACGCUCUGAAAUAUAUCGAUGCAUCGCUGAAGCACAUUAAAGGACUUAGGAUGGAUAAUACUGGGUUUUUAACUCGACAUUCUGGCGUGUAUGCUGUUGCUGCAGUCAUAUACAAUGCCGUAGAGAUCGUUUCGAUUUCUUUUGCGUCGACAGGCGAUACACAGAACGCGGACAAGUACCUGUCCCGGUACAUCGAGGUGACCUCCGACUACAAGCAGCACCAGGGCUCGGGCGCCGACGAGUUCUUCGUGGGGCGCGCCGGGUACCUGUCCGGGGCGCUGUGGCUGGACCGGCAGCUGGGCGAGGGCGCGUACCCGCAAAGCGUCAUGAAGGACAUGUGCGACUCCAUGAUGAUCCUGUCGGUGCCCGAGUCGCUGCGCCGCGACCCCAAGAUCGAGCACGACGUGCGGGCGAGCGUCGACUACGUCCUGAGCCUGCAGACGCCCGCGGGCAACUUCCCGCCCAUGGCUGGUGACUCGCAGCGGCGCGGCGCGGCCGACCCCGACGACCUGGUGCAGUGGUGCCACGGCGCCGCCGGCAUUGUUUACUUGAUGGCGAAAGCGUAUUUGCAAUGGCGGGAUGAAAAAUAUUUGCAAUCGUGUUUCAAGUGCGGAGAAAUAAUUUGGAACAACGGCCUGCUUAAGAAAGGACCAGGUAGUUGUCACUGUCAAGAUCUUGCGUGGCUAUCUGUUUUCCAUGAUACUCUGAACGUGUCCGUACCAUUGAAAUGCUCUAUUUUCGUAGGACUUCGUAAUAUAACAAAUUCUAUUCAUCCUUCUCCAUAG